AGGAGGAGUGAAUGUGUGUCUGAUAGAAGAACUUAAUCAUCACUGCAGAGAUGGUGAUGCUUUCUGUUUCUUUGCGGAUGAUGAAUAAGAGGAGGAAAGGAGGAGGGAAGCUGUGGCACAACGCGGAGUGUGAGUCGGAUUGUGUUUGUGACUGAGCCGGAAGACCCAGGCUUAGAGAAAGAGAGACACACACACACACACGCACGCACGCACGCACACAUUGCUGCACAUCUGGAGUGUCUUGACAGCAGCGGCGACGCGCGCGGACGAGAAGCAGCCAGAAGCUCGCGACUGCGCGUGCAUGAACACACACUACGUGUGCAAGAAGGUCUGCUUCACCUUUCGUCGCGUAUUGGGGUCAGCUAGCGUGCACUGCUAGCAAACAGCAGAACAUAGCAUUGCACACACACACACUGACAGCGUCGACCUGCGAAAGACACGCACACACAGACAGGAUGUGCAUACGUUAGCUAGCUCGGGAAUUUGCCAAACAAAUGGCCAUGCUUCAUAAAUAGACGACUGGACCAGAUCUCCAAAGCUCAAAAUCUACAUAACAUUAGAGGUGUACGGGAUGAACUUGGCUCCGGCCCUCUGAUGCCCUCGAGCUAGGGCCUGCCUGGUGGAUUCCUCGUUCGCCCCGCUCCACUGCCAAUAUGCUGAUUAAAGAGUACCGCAUCCCCAUGCCCAUGAGCGUGGAGGAAUACCGCAUUGCCCAGCUCUACAUGAUCCAGAAAAAGAGCCGCGAGGAGAGCGAAGGCGAGGGCAGUGGCGUGGAGAUCCUAGAGAACCGUCCCUACACGGACGGGCCCGGCGGCACAGGACAGUACACUCACAAAGUGUACCACAUCGGCCAGCACAUCCCCAGCUGGUUUCGCUCCAUCCUGCCCAAAGCUGCUCUACGGGUGGAGGAGGAGUCCUGGAACGCCUACCCUUACACUCGCACCCGUUACACGUGUCCCUUCGUGGAGAAGUUCUCUAUCGACAUCGAGACGUAUUACAAGCCUGACACAGGGACCCACAACAACGUCUUUAAUUUGUCUUCAGCGGAGAAAAGGCAGCGAGAUAUCGACCCCAUAGACAUCGUGAAAGAUUUCAUUGCACCCCACGAGUACUUGGCCGAGGAAGACCCCAAGCUGUACAAGUCGGUGAAGACUCAGCGAGGCCCCCUAUCAGACAACUGGAUCCAGGAGAUUAGCCAUAACCCGGGCACUAUGCCCAUCAUGUGCGCCUACAAGCUGUGCAAAGUGGAGUUCCGAUACUGGGGCAUGCAGUCCAAGAUCGAGCGCUUCAUUCACGACGUGGGUCUUAGGAAAGUGAUGGUGCGUGCACACCGGCAGGCCUGGUGCUGGCAAGACGAAUGGUACGGCCUGACCAUGGAGGACAUCCGGCAGCUGGAGCUAGAGACUCAGCUAGCCCUGGCCAAGAAGAUGGCGCAGUUUAGCUGCAACGAGGACGGAGGCGAGGGCAACGCCAGUCCUGCCAAAGAACAGGACACCAAGGAGGCCAUCAACGCCAUCGAGAACGAAAACGCAACGCGCAGUCUCGGGGACACGCUCCAGGCUCGGGGAGAGCUCACCAAGCAGUGGUCUACAUCAUCCAGAUCCUCCCGCUCUUCAAAAAGAGGAACAGCGAGCCCGUCUCGACACAGUAUUUCCGAAUGGCGCAUGCAGAGCAUCGCACGCGACUCGGACGACAGCACAGACGACGAGUUCUUCGAUGCACACGAGGAUCUCUCAGACAACGAGGAGAUCUUUGUUAAAGAGAUCACCAAGUGGAACUCCAACGACCUGAUGGACAAAAUCGAGACGACGGAGGUGGACGAGCCCCAAAGUGACUUGUAUCAGGACUCUGGGGUUGAGUAUUCCGAAGCUGGGAAUGUCCAGAGACUUACUGAGGACGACUCGGGUCAGCAGGGCCUGCAGUCGUCGAAGGUGCACGUGUUGCUCCUGGUCCUGCACGGCGGCAACAUCCUGGACACGGGAGGUGGAGAUCAGAGCAGCAAGCAGGCUGAUGUCAACACCAUCAGCACAGUGUUCGAGACAGUCAUGCGCGUGCAUUACCCUGCGGCGCUGGGCCGCAUCGCCAUCCGCAUGGUGCCGUGUCCCGCCGUGUGCGUGGAGGCUUUCUCACUCGUCUCAAAUUUAAGCCCAUACAGCUAUGACGAGGGCUGCCUCUCUAACAGCCAGGACCACAUUCCUCUCGCUGCCCUGCCUCUGUUGGCCACCUCUGCUCCUCAGUACCAGGACGCCGUGGCUGCGGUGAUAGUGCGCGCCAAUCAGGUGUACGGAGACUUCAUUAAAUCGUUGGAAGGUAUCGCAUUCUCCGGCCAGGUGUGUCUUAUAGGAGACUGUGUUGGAGGGAUCCUGGGCUUCGAUGCCCUCUGCAGCAGCAACAUCACCGUGUCAGAGAGCCAGAACAGUAGCAGGAGAGGGAGCAUAGUCAGCGUGCAGGACAACGAUCUGCUCUCGCCGGGUAUCGUCAUCAACAGUAGCCCUUCAGGCACGGUAUCAGGAUCAGGAUCAGGCUCGGGUUCAGGUUCGGGUUCUGGUUUGUCCCUGGAAGGCAGCCGUCACUUGAGUCGCAGUAACAUCGACAUCCCGCGCUGCAGCAGUGCCGACGACCCCAAAAAGCAGCUGCCCCGCAAGCGUAGCGACUCCUCCACCUACGAACUGGACACCAUCAAGCAGCACCAGGCCUUCCUGUCUAGUCUGCACUCCAGCGUCUUGAGGAAUGAUCCAGGCUCUCGGCGGUCCAGUAACAGCACUAUGCUGGAAGGAGGCGGAGCUCUGGGCAAGUUUGAUUUCGAGGUGUCUGAUUUCUUCCUGUUUGGCUCUCCUCUGGGUUUAGUCCUGGCUCUGAGGAAAACUGUGGUUCCUUCUCUUGAUGUGGCUCAUCUCCGUCCAGCCUGCCAGCAGGUGUAUAACCUGUUCCACCCUGCAGACCCGUCAGCCUCACGUCUGGAGCCGCUCCUGGAGAAGAAGUUCCACUUGCUGGCGCCCUUCAGCGUGCCACGUUACCAGCGUUUCCCUCUGGGCGAUGGGCUCUCGGCCCUGUUGGUGGAGACCCUCCAGAGCAACCCUCACCUCCUGCUGGAGAGUGCAGGCCGCUGCCAUGAUGGCUUAGGCGAGACCUCCAUCCCCGUUCCCGUGCUCAACUGGCAGGCUGCGCCAGCCACGCCCGAGUCGGACGUAAUGCAUUCUCACGGGGGUAUGUUCCUGGAGAACUCCUACCCCUCGUCUCCUGCCUCAGCCCAGGCGUCCCGCAUCGUUCGAAGACCCAGCGAGGUCAGCAUCGCCAGCCAGGUGUCCGGCCUGGCUGAUAGUUACACUGCCUCCAAUAUUGCCAAUACACAAGCAUGCCAUCUCAAUCAGUCCAAAAAGCUUAGCCUUUUGUCCCAGCUGGCCCUCCCUUAUAACAAAAUGUCCUCGAGAAGUCCAUCCCCGAAAGCCCGCUACAAGUUGCUCAGUAGCAGAGCGGCAGGCUCGGAUGAGGUGAGCUGCUUUGAGCCCUCCCCUCUCCCCGACUCCAGCCCUCCAUCGCCGAGCAUGCAGCUGGAUAUCGAGCAAGUCGCUGCUCGUUGGUGGGGGACAAAGCGCAUUGACUUUGCCCUGUACUGCCCUGAUGCCCUGACUGCCUUUCCCACUGUGGCUCUACCUCACCUGUUCCACGCUUCCUACUGGGAGUCUACAGACGUUGUGUCCUUUCUGCUCAGACAGGUAAUGAGGCAUGAGAACUCCAGUAUUCUGGAGCUGGAUGGGAAGGAGGUUUCAGAGUUUACACCCUCCAAGCCAAGGGAGAAGUGGCAAAGGAAGAGAACACACGUCAAGAUCAGGAACGUGACUGCGAACCAUCGUGUGAAUGACGGAGUCUUUGUGGAGGACGGCAUGCAGGUGGUCACUGGCCGUUUCAUGUACGGCCCGUUGGAUAUGGUCACUCUCACUGGAGAGAAGGUUGACAUCCACAUAAUGACACAACCUCCAUCCGGAGAGUGGGUGCUCUUCGAUACGGAGCUGACCAACAGCAGCGGCCGAGUUUCCUACAUAAUCCCCGAGGGCAAACGGCUAGGGAUUGGCGUGUACCCAGUUAAAAUGGUGGUCAGAGGUGAUCACACAUCUGCAGACAGCUAUCUGACUGUCCUGCCACGCGCCACGGAGUUUGUAGUGUUCAGCAUCGAUGGCUCGUUUGCUGCCAGUGUGUCUAUUAUGGGCAGUGACCCUAAAGUGAGAGCUGGGGCAGUGGACGUAGUCAGGCACUGGCAAGACCUGGGCUACCUGAUUGUGUACGUGACAGGCCGUCCAGACAUGCAGAAGCAGCGGGUGGUGGCCUGGCUCUCGCAGCACAAUUUUCCUCAUGGCAUAGUGUCGUUUUGCGACGGUCUGGUGCACGACCCCCUUCGUCACAAAGCAAACUUUCUAAAGUCCCUUAUCACCGAGGCACAAAUGAAGAUCUUUGCUGCAUACGGCUCCACAAAGGACAUCUCGGUGUACACUUCCCUCGGCCUGCCGCCAUCUAAUAUCUACAUUGUGGGCAGACCAACGAAAAAGAUGCAGCACCAGUGUCAGUUCAUCUCGGACGGUUACGCCUCUCACUUGUCCCACCUGGAGUACAGUCAGCGUUCUCGACCAGCCAAGACAGGCAGCACACGUGUGACACUGCGCAAAGGGAGCUUCGGUCUUGGUGCCAGCGGCGACUUUCUGCGCAAACGUAACCACCUGCUGCGCACCAUCUCCUCCCAGCCGACCCCCACCUCCUCGGUCACGUCCUCUGGCCACGGGGGCCGUCCCGAGCGCGCUCAGAGCCAAUCGGAGUUUGACCGCGAGCGGGCCGAUCGUGCGCAGAGGAGCAUGAGCAUCGCAGCAGGCUGCUUCGGGCGUUCGGGGAAGAUGGACGGAGGCACCCUGAGCCCCAAGUAACUCUCAGCUUGGUGUUUAUACCUGGGAAGUCUGCCAGUCCGUAUGAUAUUUUUGAGGAAGUGUGAAUCGGGGGAAAAUGAUAACAUGGAACAGACUCCGUGAGAGACUGGCACAGCUUUUCUAAUGUAGCAAGAGUGGCGUUGGGGGAAAAUAAAAAAAACAAAGAUUUUGUUCCACAGAGGCAACACACUUACAAGAAAUCUACUGCCUUAAGCAUCGCUCUAGGUUUUGAAACGCUGAUCCUUGCCUCUUCAUUAGCUUGAAUGUACAGAGAAAAUGGACGCUUGGGUAGUUAGGACUUCUUUAAUCUCCACCUGCACCAUGGGAAAGUGGAACAACUCUCCAACGUGUCAUCAUGAUGUCCACCAAAAUUUUCCACGUGUAAAUACGUGCCUCCCUCCUCACGUGCUCAGGGCAGCCGUGUAAAGACAAGUCGGCCAUGGUCGAUCCCAGGCGCCACUUGUGUUAGCCACACGUAACCCCUCUUUGACAACUGCUAACCCCCCAGUUUCUUCCUCUUUUUAUUAAGCUGUUCUUACGGAGGAGGUUUACGACAAAAAAGCCCUGCAGCAUUUGGCAAUAAGGACCCACCGAGUUGUAUCGUGUGUUUGGCUCGCAGGUCAUCCGAGGCCUUACUUCUUCAAAGCGUAAUACCAUUCACGGGUGCGAGUGCUGCUCUGGGGCUAAAAGCGAGGACGUUGGCGUUUUUGUUUUUUCUUUUUUUGACACUUAAUCUGUAAUUUGGCAACAAUCCCUUUAUCUGACCAUCUGCUUGCAAUACCUCUCAGACAUCGCUAGGAUGUCUAGUGCUUCUGAAAACUUUCUCAUCUCUACGGUGCAGCAUGCCAUGUACAGUAUAGAGAGCCAAGUACGAAUCCUUCUGAGCCUCCAUGCUAUCACGUUUCCUAGAAACAUUUUUCUUCUCUCUCUGGUUCUGGAGCAAAACCGAUUCCCUUGCUCACUGCGUUCCUCGGAUCUACGGAUAAGAUGACUGGAGCGGGUCGUUCAUUUUCUCUCCAGACGAUCGACAGCGGUAGUUUCGUCGUCUCUCGCCAAUUCUCGCACCUUUAUCGCUUCGAUUUUAUUGCUAACAAAAAUCACAGAGUAUACGGACAACUGGUGACAACUUGACGCAACCGGCGGCCAAAAUCAUUUCUUUUCCAGAAGCUGUAGUUACGUAACUGUAUAACCUCAUUGUUCCUUUUGCACAAGUCGAUAGUGGAGAACCUUGUUACCAUCUCAUGUGGCUACAUAUUGUUAUCGUGUAGUGCAUGAUCCUUAUUAAUAUACGACAGGAUUCGAGUACGCGUGUGCACAACGGUAGUAUUUAUCUCUAACGCCAGGAUUAAGAAGCGUGCUAAAAUUAGGACGGAUAUAGGAACGACAAAAAAAAAAAAAUGAAACGUUAGGCUUCAUCACUUCUUUCCUUUGUAACGUACUACUGAGUAUUUCAUCCGAGCGUAUAGAAAUAUAUAUGUACAUAUAUAUAUUUAAGCUGUAAAGAUCUGUUGAGUUCAGCUUCGACAGCACAUGUAUAAUGUUUAUAAGAUUUUAGAUCAUUUCAGGUCAACAUGAAGUCCUUUAAAAGUCCGUGCUCUAGCUUACUGUUCAUAUGUAAGUGAAAUGUAUAGAUCUAUCGCAGGAUGUUCUUUUAAUCAUAAGCUGUGAUUUUAUGUUUGUUUUUAGAUUUAACGGCAUGACGCGUUUUAGCCAAAUAUUGUAUAAAGAUUUCUUUUUUUUUUUGGUUAUCUGUUAAGAGGCAGACACUGGAUGAGAGGACACGUUGUAUUUAAUAUUAACAGAUAUUAUAGGAGUUGUAUAUUUGAAUCAAGCGCUGGGAGUUGUUUGUUUGUUGUUUUUAGUUCUAGGGAUCGCAGAAUGUUUUCCAGGCGCGUGCGGAUGAUGGACGUGUACUGUAGAUACUGUAAAGAUGUACAUUUUACUAUAUAGGAAAAAUGUAUGGUCAGGAAUUAUUUAUGUAGAUUCGCAAACGUAAUGUCCGAUUUUUGUGGUUGCUUUAUUUUAUUAAUAUUAUUAUCAUUAUUAUAUAUUUUUUGGUUAUAUAAUUAAGAUUGCUUCUUUAAGGACCAACACCAUUAUCGCCAUCAGCGCAGGUUGUGACUACAAAAGACACCACCGCACAGACAAUCAGUCUCGGGCACACAAGCAACACCUAGAAAACACCAACAUCUGGAGAUACGACACUCAUCACUUAUGAAAUAUUUAACAAGUCUGUUAGAUGAAAGACGUUUGAUCUUGAGGAUGGAAAAGAUUUAUUUUAUUAAACUGUGCCAGAUUUUAUGUGGUCUUUUAUUUAUUUGUAUUUUUUUUAUUUGGAGUUCAUCAAAAUGAAAUGACAUUGUUUAAUUAUGGUAUUUAGUGCAACAUGACACAAGCGUAAUUUUCCUGAAAGUGAAAAUGUUUCUGUGUAGAUCUAACGCCAUCAGAUUGUUAUAUAAAUCUGUCCAGUAGAGGGUGCGAAUGAGCAGCUUCCCUCCUCCUCCUUUCUUUCUUUCGGGCCAAGAAAUGUGCAAUAUGUUAUUGAUAGUAGUUGAUUUAUUAUUAUUAUUUUUUUAAAUACAGAUUUUUAGAAAUGUCCAGCACCUUUUUCUCUGAAUGAAUGAUAAAAUCUCUUUAGGAAGCACUUUUUGACUAAGAUUCGCCGUUUGUUACUGCUGUUUUAAAAGUUAAUCUUCAAAAUCAAAUCACGUUGCAAUCAAAAAUCAGACCCUGUAUAAUCUUUUAUUUUAAAGCCCCUAUUAAUUUUUUUGCCA